AGACUGGUGAUUCGGAAUUUGAUGAAGAAGUUUAUGAAUCAUCUGGUUCAGAAUUUGAUGCUGAUGAAGUCUAUGAAUCAUCUUCUGAUGAAGAAUCAGAAUCGGAAUAUGCUGAAUGUAGUAAAUCUUCUGCACCUAUCACUAAAAAAGUCCCACCUCCUAUUCCCCCAAAACCGGUCAAACUUCAAGUAAAAAAAGAGUCAAUUCCUGAACCGAUUUCUGAGCCAGUUCCUGAACCCACUAGUCUUGAAUUAGAUGAAGGUCCACAGAUAGAUGAGGAUGAAUUCUUGAACGCCAUAUUAACUGAAAAUGAUAUUUCUGAACCAGUUCCUGAGCCAGAAAUUAUUGAACCAGUUCCUGAGCCAGAAAUUAUCGAUUCAACUCCUGAGCCAGAAAUCAAAGAAGAAAUUAUUGAACCAAUUCCUGAUCCUAUUGCUUAUACAGAUGAAAAAAUCGAAGAAUUAUAUCAGAAAGUAAAAACAGAAUGGGAAAGAUAUGGUAAUGAUCCUGAAGAUUUUGAUUGGGA